AUCUCACAACACUAUGCGAAGAAAUCUAGUGAAAGUAUCCUCGUAGUUUGCAGUUUGCAUUAAGAUAGAGAUUAGUUUGUGAAAUGCAAUCCGUUAGCAAGAAACCAUUGGAGGGAAAAUGGGGAGAAAUAACCGAUAGGCAUCUUGGAAUAAAGAAUGCCUUAUGGGAGUUUAAUCCUGGAAAAUGUUUGCUGCCGUCUUUUUUUGAAAAUUAUAUGCAGCCAAUUUUGGAUGCGCCAAUUCGUAAAGACGAUAUUUGGUUGAUAAGUUUUCCUAGAACAGGUUCCACCUGGUGUCAAGAAAUUGUAUGGUUACUGGGAAAUAAUAUGGAUUUUGAAGGAUCGCAAUCUACUCUACAGCAAAUUAGAGCACCGUUAAUUGAAAUGUCCGUUGCUCUUUACGAAUACGCAGACCAAUUUAAAAACCUGUUUACAAAUUCAGUGGAUUUUGUCAAUCAGUUACCUUCUCCAAGAUAUGUAAAAAGCCAUCUUCCCUUCCAGCUACUUCCAACAGAGAUGCAGCAAGUAAAACCUAAGAUAAUUUAUCUCAUAAGAGACCCAAAAGAUACCUGCGUCUCUCUUUAUUACCAUUGCAAGCUGCUACACGGAUUUAAUGUAGAAUUUGAUACGUUCUGUGACCUCUUUAUUAAUGGUGCUGUUAUUUAUGGAGAUCUUUUGGACCACUAUCUAGAAUUUUGGAACAGACGACAUCAAGAAAAUAUUCUCAUUUUAAGAUACGAAGAUAUGAAAGAAGAUACAAAAAAAGCCAUAAAAACAGUCGCUAAAUUUAUUGAAAAAGAUGUUACUGAAGAAGAAGUUGAAAUUUUGAACAAUUAUAUACAAUUUCCGAAAAUGAAAGAAAAUAAAUCUUGUAAUUGUGAAAUACUAUUGGAUAAAAAAGGUGGAAAGGAAUAUUUCGAAAAAGUCGGUUGUCAUUUUAUAAGAAAAGGUGAAAUAGGCGAUUGGAAGAAUCAUAUGUCGUUGGAAAUUAUUCAAAAAUUUGAUGAAUGGAUAGAUCGAAAAACCAAAGGGAGUGGUUUAAGUUUUUAAAAUUUGAUGGUAUAAGUUUG